AUUUAAUUGUUUAUGUGAUGCAAAUAUGGCAGAAAAGGCCAAGAACACAGAUGCUUCCUAUCAGAAUGCGGAUGACAUGCUGAUAUGCCUGCCUGGAGACCGUUUGUGUCGCCAGGAGGAUAAUAUCAUUGUAGGUCAAGGUACCUAUGAGCAAGGCGGCUACAUUUAUGCCAGUAAAUCAGGAAUUAUCAACAUUGAUGAAUCAAGUGAAAAAUGCCAAAUUGUUAGUGUACACAAGCCUGGCUUUCAUCUGACAAUACCGGCAACAGGAGAUGUCGUCACAGCUCGCGUUCUAGUGACAACACCAAAAUUCGCAAAGUGUGCGAUAUUUUGCGUUAGGAACGUGUUAGUGGAGAGCAGCUACCGCGGUCUGCUGCGAAAGGAGGAUGUCCGCGAAACAGAUAAAGACCGUGUAGAUAUUUAUAAAUCAUUUAAACCCGGCGAUGUCAUAUUGGCGCGCGUUGUCAACCAAAUGGAGCAAUCCUUUAUGUUAAGCACAGCUGAAGCAGAACUCGGUGUGGUGGUUGCAUAUGCCAGCGAUUUUCGAAAAUAUCGAAUUCCUAUGGUGCCCAUUGGUUGGAGCGAAAUGCAAUGUCCGCAAACGACGAUUAAGGAACCAAGAAAGGUGGCAAAAGUAUUGCCCGAAAGUUCAAUUAUGCCUGACAAAUAAAACAAAUAUUACCGGACUAAAACUAUCGCUAAUUCUAAGGGAAUUCGAAAUUAAAAUCAUACUUUGGCAACUAA